UAUUCAAAGUCAUCAAUGGAAGCAACCCCACCCUGACCAGAUCCAACUCAAAAGAUCUCCAAAGAGACUGAGAUAGCUUUAAAAGAGGAAGCAAUUAACCAAGAUGUUCUAGAAGUCAUUUCUGACUUCAAGAGAUCUUCACCAUUAAGCGUGUUCAAGAAAAAUGCUGAUACUUACACGAUAAAUAUGCUAAACGAAGAGGAUGUGAUUAAAGAUCUAGCAAAAGUAGUCCUCCCCAGAGAUUUAAAAAUACAUGCUUGCAUCAAAGCAAGUGGGAGUAAAACUAAGCUUCAUCACCAAAUGGCGAUGAAUAUUAGAAGGAGUUCUCUGGAUAAACUUAUUAUUGGUUUGAAUAAACUUUUUGGCAAUAAAAUUAACUAUCCUAUAUUCAAACCUUUAUUGAGAAGCUUUCCAGCUUCAAAAAUUGACUGUCAUGUUUCAGCAAUGAGAGUCACAGAAUGAAUGCUAGUUAAAAUUCUCAAGAGUUGUUGGAGAAUUCACCAACUGAUAUUUAAUGCCUGAGUAAUAGAAGAAAUCAAAGAAUUUGAGGGGUUUCCAAAGAACUCAGCACUGGAAAUUUUGAAGUUUAGGAAAUGUAAUAGUGCCAAAGGUCUCAGAUUAGAUCAUUGUUCAAGUCUUGAGAGUUUGAUUAAGUUUAUAUCACUCACGUCUCUUAAAGAAUCUCUGAAAGUGCUAUAUUUAUAUGAUGUAGAUGAUAAAUCCAGACUGGCAGCUCUGAAAGAUACUUACCGUCUUUCAGGUACCACUUUCACUUACUUCAACAUUGAGACUAUGGCUGAUGUUACCUUUGCUUAAUAAUUCUACACUCAAGUUAGAUUUCAACCAAA